AUGGCAACGAAAACUCAAAAGAAAGUUUUAAAAAAACAGAAUAAAAAAAAGAAAAAAGAUCCAUUAGCUCCAAAGAGAGCCUUGUCAGCAUAUAUGUUUUACGUUAAGGACAAAAGAUUAGAAAUAAUAAAAGAAAGACCAGAAUUAGCAAAGGAUGUAGCACAAGUAGGGAAGUUGGUAGGUGAAGCUUGGGGUCAACUAAGUCCAGCUCAGAAGUCACCAUAUGAGAAGAAGGCGCAGUUAGAUAAAGUUCGUUACUCUAAAGAAAUAGAAGAAUAUAGAAAAAAAAACAAAGAAUAA